UGAGUACUGUACCACCUCUGUGCCUCCUAGCCUUGGAGAGCCCAAGUGUCCCAGUGUGUCAGUGUCCCAGGCCAGCUGCAUAGUGUACAACCAGACGGACUCCUGGUGCCUGAGAACGUGCCUUAUGGGUGAGAGGCUCUGGAGUCCCACAAAGAAGCGCACCCUGUGGCUUCGUUAGCCUCAGAACAGGAGAAGAUAAUACUCUGCUUGGAAACAGAUAGCUGUCAAGCAAAGGAAUCACUGGAUAUUUAUACGUAUAAAGCAAACUCUAGGACUUUCAAAAACAAUGGUGAAAGAAAAGAAAAAAGCAGACAAAAAAGGAGAUAAAUCAUCUCACUCUCCUUCAUCUGAUUAUGCAGAGCUUUCCAAGCAAGAUACCAACGUCCCUAAGCAAGAAAUAUCUCCAGUUGCCAUCAAGCCAGUGGAAAUACCAGUAGAGCCCCAAAGUGUUCAGGAGGAUGAAGAUACCACCCAGUACGAAGAGCCCCUUCUGACAAAACUCAUAGUGGAAAGGUAUGAAGGGGAGAAAGUCUGUGGACUGUACGAGGGAGAAGGCUUUGCAGUCUUCCAAGGUGGUGGCACCUACCAUGGCCUGUUCUCCGAAGGACUCAUGCACGGACAAGGGACUUACAUAUGGGCCGACGGAUUAAAAUACGAGGGGGACUUUGUGAAGAACAUCCCCAUGAACCACGGCACAUACACGUGGCCAGAUGGCAGCAGGUACGAAGGAGAAGUGGUAGACGGCCUGCGGAACGGCUUUGGAAUCUUCCGGUGCAGCAUGCAGCCUGUGUCCUACAUUGGCCACUGGUGCCACGGCAAGAGACAUGGGCAGGGUUCCAUUUAUUACAAUCAAGAGGGCACUUCAUGGUACAAAGGUGACUGGGAAAACAACGUCCGAAAGGGCUGGGGCACAAGAUGUUACAGAUCUGGAAACAUAUAUGAAGGCCAGUGGGAGGACAACAUGCGCCAUGGGGAGGGCAAGAUGAGGUGGCUGGCGACAAAGGAGGAGUACGACGGCCACUGGGAUCGGGGUGUCCAGAAUGGUUUUGGAAUGCACAAAUGGUUUAUAAGGAGAAUCCCCAACUCCCAGUAUCCUCUGAGGAAUGAAUACAUAGGAGAAUUUGUGAACGGAUGUCGCCACGGACAUGGGACAUUUUACUAUGCCAGUGGAGCCAUGUACGAGGGAGAGUGGGUUUGCAAUAAGAAACACGGCAAGGGCCGAUUCACUUUCAAGAAUGGGCGUGUGUACGAAGGGCUGUUCUCCAAUGACCACAUAGCACAGUUUAUAGACCCUGAUGCCGAAAUCCAGAGUUACCUGGACCUGCAUGCCAAAGGCGUCCGCGCAAGCAAGCAGCACAGACGCUCCGUCAGUGCCGACAUGAUCAGAAUGCUGGAGGGCACUGAGAGUCCCUCCACGCUAGCACUGAGCACAGAGCUGGACCUCGACCCGCUGGUGAGCAUGUACCCUAAGGAAAAGCAAGCCGAAGAAAAGAAGCAGGUAGAAUACGCUCUCUUAAGAAACAUUUCAGAACUGAGAAGAAUCUACACCUUCUACAGCAGCCUCGGGUGUGAUCACUCUCCAGAUAAUACCUUCCUGAUGAGGAAGCUUCACUUCUGGAGAUUUCUAAAAGACUGCAAAUUUCAUCACCACAACCUAACUCUUGCUGAUAUGGACAGGAUAUUAAGUACCAGUAACAAUAUACCAGUUGAAGAAAUUCAUUCUCCGUUUACAACAAUACUUCUGAGGACAUUCCUGAGCUAUCUCCUACAGUUGGCCUACCACAUUCAUCACAAAAAAUACCAAAAUCACAAGCCAUCACUCUUUCUGUGUUUUACAAAGCUGAUGACUGAAAACAUCCGUCCAAAUGCCUGCCAUGUAAAGGGUAACUUAUUCAGUGAGCGAGAGGGGCUGUUCUGUACAAUAAAUUACAUUGAUACGUGCUGGGAGAUUUAUAGCACUUACUGCAGACCGAAUACCGCUCCUCCGGGUGAGCUAACAAUGAAGAUGAGACACUUCCUGUGGAUGCUGAAGGACUUUAAAAUGAUAAAUAAGGAAUUAAGCCCAACCAAAUUUGUGGCAGUAAUAGCAGAGGAGAAUCCUUUCAUGCAUGAUGGAACAGACAGCAACUUGGAACUUGAGCUGGUUUUCCUGGAAUUCUUUGAAGCUCUUGUGUCCUUCUCACUCACCUUUGUUCCUGACCAAAAGACUAAAUUUUCUUUAAAUAUCCCAUAUGACGUCUCAUCUAGAAACAGAUGUGAAAGUAUUUUCACACUAACAAAUCAGAGCACCCAGAACAGGAGUCCAAGUGUGGCCAGAAGCCAGGAAUCGGACAUCAUUCACUUCACCUGUGCCCAGUCUUCUUCAAGCAAGUUAGGACUCAUGUCUGACUUUAAAACAAGGAAAUCUGAGCCUCAGAUCAAGAAGCCUCUCUGCGAUGACAGAAGUUCCAAAAUGAAUUCUAAACCUUUGGGGAAAGGGCUGGUUUUUUUACCUGAAAAUGAGAAACCUGAAAAGUCCAAGGAGGACCAGAAGGAGAAGUGCACCACUUGGGACACUAAGAUGCACAUCUUCUUUGUGACCACCCUCUUCCAUGCCCACAAGCACCAGGAAAUGCUCAAGGAGAAGGUCAAGGAGGACCACUUGAGGGAGUCAGCGCUGGCUCAGCAGAGGAAGGCAGAGAACGAAGAGCUGGAAGCAAGGCUCAGCAUCUUAUGAGAGGAAGAGGCCAAGAGACAAGACCUGGAGAAUGACAUCACCAUCAUCAAAGAGUCGAUGGACUUCCCGCCCUCCUUCCCACCUCUCACUCCCAACUCUCCCAGAGAAGACACGGCUGUGUCCCAGGCUGCCAAGUCCUCUCCGAGCAAGAAGAAGAAGAAGUAAAGGCACCCAGUGCUGCAGGCUGGCUGCGAGGAUUGCAAGCCUAGAAGCCUAGACCCGUGAGAAAACUGAAUUUUACCUCUGCUCCUCCUGGUCCGAGCAAUGCCCCUGUCUUGGUGUGUGGCAUCCUGGUGUCUCACACAACCGCUUGCAAAAGGCCUGCACUGUGAAAACUCAUAUGAGCACAUACACAUAUGCACAUUAAUGGUUGUGCAUUAAAUGUUUUUAAAAACCAAAGUGAAGUAGUGAUGGUUAAAUUUG